AUUCGAGGCGGCCAUAAAAUUGCCCAACAUAUCCUUGGUUGUAUCCAAUCUGAUGCGCUUGGACGUCUUCGGCAAAGGAGAACUUGUGUUGUAUCGAUGAAACUUGCCCAAAGGCAAUGACAAAGGGGGCUUUAAACCCUAACGUAUACUCGAUCAAAUCGGAAGCAUAAACAAUCACCCAUACGAACGGUUAUAUUGAACAAGGAAUCGACACAGAAAACUGUGUUUCAAUUAUUUUGAAUUGCGGGGAGAAAGAGAGCGGAUGGGCGAGGAGGAGAUUGGGAAGAAGAAGAGGGUGGUGGUGGAAUCAUUAGGAUGGUUGACGGAAUCCUCAAUCAUGCCCAAAAAACACCGCGCCAUCGCCGGUGUAGGGCCGUCGUCAAUUCUCGAGCUCAAAGCUCAACUAUACAAGUCUCAAGAAGAGGCUAAAAAUGCCAAUCCCACUAAGAAUCCCGACCAAAUCGAGUUCCACCGUGCCAAGAAGAAGAUCACUCCUCAUGAUUCAUUUGCUGGCAAGAACUCCGGCGUCGACGUUCGUUCUCACAAAGAUAAACUGGAGAUGAAAGCAGAGAAAGACGGGUCAGCAAGUUAUGCAGCCUUGGAAAAAAAAGCUGAGCUGUAUGAAAAGCUGGCAAGAGGAGAAGUUUCUGAUGAGGAAGAUAAGGAGAAAUACUGUGUGGAUUUCUUCAGUAAAAAAGAGGAAUCAGAAUCACAUUCACAGAAUUUGUUGUAUUCAGAAAUGUCUGAAAGAGAUGAUGAUGAUGUGGCUGUGUUGCCUGAAUCAAGAGCUACGGGGCUUGGGAGAGCUAAUAGUAUGGUGGAUAAUGAUGAGCAUAAGCGGUUUGUGAGGGAAGUUCAUGAAGAAGUGAAUGAAGCUCGGGAAAAAGUGUCGGACUUAAAAGUCCGGAGGCAAGAGCAAGUGGCUAUCAGGAGAGAAAAGCUAAAACAAGCGUAUUUGAGGAAACAACUCGAAAAACUCAAAGCUCAAUCUAAACAAGGGAAUACAUGAGAAACAUAUUACAAUUUUUGACAUAUUUGAUCCUUGGAACUAAUUGUAAACGAAUAUUGGAUGAACAAACCCCAUGUUUUAGUUAAAUCGGUU